CCAGCACAGAUAAGCAGCUUUUUGCUUGUAAACAGAAGCUAAAUGAGACAUAGCUGAGUCUGAAGGCGUCAUGAAGCAGCUGUGUAUAGUUAUGGAACCUUGGGAUCUGUCUUUGACUCAUUCCUCAGCCAUUCUGUUUUAGAAAAGCACCUUGCCUGACCCUAGAGCCUCCCCUCAGGCAGUCUAGUUGAGAGUUUGACCAGAGGUUCUUUCAUAUGGUGGGCAGCCAGUGCCUGGCCAUGGGCAACGGUUCGAUUAAAGCCCCACGGGCUGAGGGGAACAGCUGCCUGGCCUCCAUCCACACAGACCCUCCCGCCCUGGACACAGAUAUCGUCAGAUUGCAGAUAAUCCACUUAGAGGCAGAGCUAGCACGCCGGGACCAUGAGUUAAGAGCCCAGGAGGUUCAGCUGCAGCAUCUGCAGAAGGAACUGGAGGCCAAGAUCUCACAGAUCGACAAGCUCCAGGAUGCCAUUGGCUACAACAACGCCCUGGGCCUCUCCCCGCCGGCCCUGCGGUGCCACAGGUGCCGUCACUUCAGUGCCAUCAACCAGGGUCCGAGUCGCUUCCACAGGGUAGCUGUGGAGGUCCACCGCCGGCUCAAAGCCAAAGAAGGCGUGUCUGCAGAGCCCACCUCUGAGAACUUCUGUAGCGGAUUCAAAGCAUCAGAAACCUCAAUCGCAAAGGCCAGCCGCAAAAAUUCACAUACCAGGAAGUUUAUCAACAAUGCCAUCAUGAACAAUGACUUUCUAAAGAAGCUGGAGCCUCAGCACAUGAGGGAAAUGGUGGAGUGUAUGUAUGAGAAGGUUUACACCGAGGGACAGCUGGUCAUCCAGGAGGGGGAGGAUGGAAAUUACCUUUAUGUACUGGCAGAGGGCCUACUGCAGGUCAUUCAGAAUGGAAAGUUGCUGGGGGAGAUGUGCCCUGGAACAGCAUUUGGAGAACUGGCCAUACUGUACAACUGCAAGAGAACAGCCACAGUUAAAGCUGUGUCCCAGUCUCAUAUCUGGGCAUUGGACCGCCACACCUUCCAGACUAUCAUGAUGCAGACCACACAGGCUAGACACAAGGAGUACUUCAGUUUUCUGCGCAGUGUGUCUCUGCUCCAAGAACUGCCAGAGGAAAAACUGUCCAAGAUCGUUGAUUGUCUUGAGGUGGAGUAUUUUGAAAAGGGGGAGUAUAUUAUUCGAGAGGGUGAAGAAGGGAACACUUUCUUUAUUAUCUCAAAGGGAGAGGUCAUAGUCACUCAGAGCACAGAAGACUUUGCUGAACCUCAGAAGAUCAAGACCUUGGGAGUUGGCAACUACUUUGGAGAGAAAGCUCUGAUCAGUGAGGAUGUUCGCUCAGCCAACAUAGUCUGCAGCGAGAAUGACACACACUGCCUGGUGGUGGACAGAGACAAUUUCAACCAAAUGGUGGGGACCUAUGAGGAACUUCAGGCUUACCUGAAGGAAUAUGUGGAAGAACUCUCCAGGAGUGAUGAGAGGAGAAAUGCCCUGCCCCAUUCACCUCAGACUGACUCUGCAGAGGCCCAGGAGCUGAAGAGGCUGAGAGAGAGGAUUGCUCUCGUGCCUGCACACAAGCCUUUCCAGGACCUCGAGGUCAUAGCUACACUGGGCAUGGGAGGAUUUGGACGUGUGGAGCUGGUAAAGUUGAAGGAUGGGGAUGCCACGUUUGCCUUGAAAUGCAUUAAGAAGAAGCACAUUGUGGACACCAGACAACAGGAGCACAUCUAUUCAGAGAAAAACAUCCUCCAGCAAACAAACUCAGCGUUUAUCAUCAGGUUAUUCCGAACAUUUCGGGACAAUAAGUUUGUCUACCUGCUGCUGGAGGUUUGUCUUGGUGGAGAGCUGUGGACUGUACUGCGGGACAUGAGUUAUUUUGAUGAAUCCACUGCCAGGUUCUGUACCGGAUGUGUCUUGGAGGCCUUUGAUUAUCUCCACAGUAUAGGCAUUGUCUACAGAGACCUGAAACCUGAAAAUCUUCUACUGGAUGCAGAAGGUUAUGUCAAACUGGCAGACUUUGGCUUUGCUAAAAAGAUUGGCCGAGGCAAAAAGACCUGGACCUUUUGUGGGACUCCAGAGUACGUGGCCCCGGAGGUCAUCAUGAACAAAGGCCAUGAUUUUGGAGCUGAUUGUUGGUCCUUGGGAAUACUCAUAUUUGAACUUCUUACUGGCAACCCACCUUUUGCUGGCUCAGACCCUAUAAAGAUUUACACCAUGGUCCUCCAUGGCAUUGAGAAGGUGGAUUUUCCCAAGAAAAUAGGCAAGCGUCCAGACGACAUCAUCAGGAAACUCUGCAAGAUAAACCCAGUGGAGAGACUGGGAAACAAAAAGAAUGGCAUCAUUGACAUCAAGAAACACAAGUGGUUCCAGGGCUUCAACUGGGAGGGUUUGAGAUGUCGAAAGCUGCUGUCUCCUCUUAAGAGACAGCUGAACGGGCCAUUGGAUCACAGUCACUUUGACAUAUUCCCACCGGAAACAGAGGAGCCUCCUGACGAGCUGUCUGGCUGGGACAAAGACUUCUAAGGACUGACCAUGGAACAGUCAUGCUGACAGAUUUACAGACUUUUUCAGUAAAAUCUCCAUAAAAUGACAAACAAGAGGCAGAUAUGCUGUCAAGCAUUAUUUGUAACAUGGACACCUCAUGUCAUUCUAUUUCUGUUCUUGUCAGUAUCCAACCCCCACCCCCACCAUACCUUUGCUCCUCUUUGCUGUCUUGUUACUAGAACCUCCUCAUCUUCUUAGAUUUCCCCCUCUACGAUUUGGCUGUAUGUUUUUUUAAUGCCAAAUUUCAUUUUCUACAGAUUGACUGCAAACCCUGUUACCAAAGAACAUCCUGGUUUACUCACUGAGUAGUUGCCAUCACAUUCUCACUCUCUUUUUUUAACGUUUUGUUUGUGAUACAGUAAUAAAAUGGUGAUAACUGG